CGCAACUUUUACCGGGCUUUGCAGCCGCGCAUGUGUUGGGCUGGCGCGGGAUUUGUUGUUUUGACUGGGCGCAGAAAUGAUUUCCACCGAAGACAUCCUCUCUCUUAGUUCGUGCAAAUCACUAAGCGAUGUGAAGGAACUAGAUUUGAGCAACAGGGACCUCAGAGUAUUGGACCCAUGCUGCUUUAAAGGACUGAAAAACUUGGAGAGCCUCGAUGUGUCAAGAAAUUCGCUCAGAGACGUCCCCACUCUUGGCCUUCCUAAACUCCGGUGCUUGAAUGUGGAGGAGAAUUUGAUCAAUGACCUGGCCUUCCUGAAGGAUUACAGCGAACUGACGGAGUUGAUGGUUGCUGGCAAUCCCAUCCUUUCAGCCGACAAGAACAUCGCUGUGUCCCUGCUUCCCAAGUUGGCUCUGUUGGACGGAGCCGACUGCCAGCCUCUGAGGAAACUUGAAGCACUCGGCGACAAGAAGCUGCUGCCUCAGAUUUCUCGAAUCUGGGAAUCCACAUUCAAGGACAAUCUUCUUCCUGGAGCCAGUGACGAAGAGGUUAGCAACGUGAAGAAAGAUUUUUUGAGGCACCUGAGGAGAACUCAUUUCGAAUGCAAUGAAUUUUCCGUCAAGUUCAAGAAAUUUAAGGUGGAAUCUCUUGGUGGAGAGUUGUUUGAAGAGGAAGUUCAAAGAAUUCGUGCCAAAGCCUCCACCAGCACCCCAAAAAAAAAGAAGGACAAAAUCAGGCCCUCAGAAGAAUCCAGCUCUCCUUCCAAGCGUGUCACAUCUCCGACGAGACGGCACCUCAUUGAUCACGAGCUGGUCAGCAGCAGAUCCGUCGCACACGGCUCUGACGUGAACGUAAGCUCUCCGCGACGCCAGACACGGUGUCUAAAUAAGUCGACUGAGGUUAAUGCAUCGAAUAGUUCCCCCCACAAGCGAGUUGCAUCUCCAAGGAAAAUCCUCAACCUCGAAGAUCGAAAGCAAGGCGCAUCCAGCUCUCACAAACAUGACAAAAAUUCAAGCUUGCUUCAUGCUGGCACCCGUGAAUUGAAUGUAUCGGUAAAGAAUGGUUCGUCAAAUGAUGUGCGACGGUCAUGUACACCAAGGAAAAAGCUGAAAUAUGAAGUUGCUCCUUCUAGGGAAGAAAAGGGAAGUGUGAAAGGGGCUGAAGCAUGCAUAUUUCUUCGUGGCCAUUCUCAAGAUCCCAGUGACUCAAUAACUCAAGUGUGGCAGGCUGCCUUUCAACCAAAAUGUGAAGAAAAUGAUCUGUCGCCCAACAUUGUGGCAACCUGUGGCGGCAGAAUCGUUAACUUUAUCGACGCCAGCACGGGAACUGUUCUGAAACGCUACAAGAGUACCAACUUGAAGGAGGAAUUUUUCUGCCUGGCAUGGACGGUGUUGCCCAUUGGUGGUCAUCAGAGUGCUGUGCUUGCCGUGGCAGGCAAAGCCCACGAGGUGAGCCUUGUCCACCCUGAGCAGCUCGUCUGCUACAAGUCGUUCCAGGCGCACACCAAGUACAUCAACUGUCUGCACUUCUGCCCCAGCCAGCCCACUUGGCUUCUCAGUGGAGGCAUUGAUGACAACAUUCACCUGUGGGACAUUGGCAUUCCCAAAGCACCGGCUAUCAAACUAAAAUUGAACUUGCUUACUCUCAAACCAAAGUGCGAGAUCUUACAGCUGUGUGUCAGCACUCGGAAUGAACUGCUCCUGGCUGCCUGCCAUGGCGGUCUGUUUGGCUGGAAGUUUGACCAAAAGUCGAUCGUGAAAGUUGACAGGUCGCCAAACGUCGAGUUCCGCUUGCCAAGAAAAGAUGGAACUUCCAUAGAAAAGGAGCCAGUUGUCGACGGCUUGGUGCUGGUUGAAGAUGACAUGAUCGUCAGCAAGUGUUCCAACAGUGGCAUAAUUGGUGUGUGGGAGCUGUCCAGUCACGUGGCUCCCAUCAGAAAGUUCUCCCAGAAAUUACAGAAAGUGAAAGUGGAGUACAGGAGCACAUUUCUCUGGAGCGACACCAAGGUCGAUUACUUUUACCCAUCAGCCACCACCGAUGUUAUGGCCUGUGGCGAUGACACUGGGACCGUCUGGCUGUACAGUAUUGGAAAAAAGGGGGCAACUUUGGUGAAGCCCGUGGCCAAGCUGACAUGGCCUGAUAAACUUUCGUGUAGUGACCAAGUGUCCGUGACGAAAAAGGAUGGAAAGGUUAAUGCAAAUUCCGUAAGACUAAGUCCUGAUGGAGACUACAUGGUAGUGUGCACAGAUCUCAACAUUGUGUGUAUAUGGAGGAUCACGCGAUAAAACACCAGGUGAGAUUUUAGCAGAAGACAUCAUUAUCAUCAGAUCGUGAAAUCAAGGUUUUUAUAUGACACAGCGGCAUAUUUCUGUUUAGUCAUCGUCAUUAAAUGAAAUGGCACGCACA